UUGUGGAAAACGAAAAUGUCUAUGCAAAAUCAUUCGAAACUUUUAACGCAAUUGAAAGAUUACCUACAUAAAUUUGGUUAUGAUAAAAAUCUACAAAUCAUUUUAUCCAAAGAUUGGUUAGAUUUUCUACAGAGAAUUACAUAUUCACAAAUAAAUACGUUGAAGAAACUAUCACUAAAUGAAUUUUCCAAAAAUAUAAGCGAUGGAAAAGCAUUAAAUGUUGAAAAGUGUGGUAACAGCAAAACAGAAAAAGAGAAAGCUAUAUUGGAAACCCAAGAAGAAGAAAUAUUAGCUGCCAAUUCUGUUAAAUACGAGGAACAAGUACAGGAAGAGAUUGUAAAUGAACAUAAAUUUCAAAACAAAGGAGGCUCUUAUGCUUUUUCUCAGUUUCUUGGUGCAUUGAUAUUUAAGUUAACUGUUCAAAGUAAAACAGCCAACUUAGUUGUGUCACCAAAAUGGAAAGUAAAUGUCCAUAAAACUAUACCAAAACAUAGCAUUGCAUCUAGAACACGACAUGUUUUGAACAGUAUUAUAACUGCUGAAUCAAAUGCUUCACGCUGGAGAAGGAUCGAAGAUUUGUUAAUACAUAUUGAUCAAUAUCCAGAGUCCAGGCAUUAUGCGAUUAAAGAAGGAGCAAUUAGAAUAUUGCUCAAAACUCGUCAAAAAGUUAAAGAUGAACAAAUAAAAGCAUCUAUCAGAGAAGCAUUAGCAGUAUUGGGUUAUACAGAUCCUCUGCCUGGUAGAGGCAUUAAAAUUCUUUCUAUCGAUGGGGGAGGUAUACGUGGAGUAUUAGUUAUAGAAAUGUUGAAAAAACUGGAAGAACUGACAGGGAAGAAAACUCAUGAAAUGUUCGAUUACAUAUGUGGUGUGAGUACAGGAGCUAUUCUUGCUGCUGCUUUAGGUGGACACAAGCGAAAAUCAUUACACGAGAUAUCUGAAUUGUAUAAGGAAUUAAGUUCUAAAGUAUUUACGCAAAGUGCUAUAAAAGGUACGAGUAAUUUAGUAUGGAGCCAUGGGUAUUAUGAUACAGCACUUUGGGAAAAAUUAUUACAAGAGAAUUUAGGUGACAAAGCUCUCAUAAAAACAGUUCGCGAUGCAACUGCUCCGAAAUUUUCAGCCAUAUCUGCUGUAGUAAACCAUGAACGUGUAAUGGCUUAUGUAUUUAGAAAUUACACUUUGCCUCAUAGAGUUGAAAGUCAAUACAUAGGAUCUCAUAAACAUAAAUUGUGGGAAGCUAUUAGAGCAUCUGCAGCAGCACCUAGUUAUUUUGAGGAAUUUAAAUAUGGCGAAUAUCUUCAUCAAGACGGAGGGAUUCUUGUAAAUAAUCCGUGUGCAGUUGCAUUACACGAAGCCAAACGAUUAUGGCCAAAUAAUCCAAUUCAGUGUGUGAUUUCAUUUGGAACUGGGCGAACAUUAAAUCGAACAUGUGAAAACAGCGACGAACGUACGGAAAUAGCGAUCUCAAGUUGGAAAGAAAAGUUUUAUAAAAUUUUAGAUAGUGCGACAGACACAGAAGCUGUACAUACAAUGCUGAACGAUCUCCUACCCGAACAUGUCUACUUUCGUUUCAAUCCAUACUUGACGGAAAUGCUAUCGAUGGUAGAAAUACGCCCCGAGAAGAUCAAUCAGUUAGAACAAGAUGCAAGAAUGUAUAUACGCAGAAAUGAAGAAAAGUUUCAAAAAGCUGCAGAAGUUUUAUUGCAACAGAGAAAAAUGCAGCAAAAGGUUAUGGAUUGGAUUGUAUUACAAAGAAAAAUAUCAGGUCUAUGAAUUACCGUAUUUCACAAAUUGUCACGCAUUCCAUAAUUUACGGAGAUAUGUAAAAAGUUACAUAAACACUAAGCACAAAUUUUACAUAAACGCACGCCUACUUGUACGUGUAUGUAUAAAAUGUUAUUGAAUAUUAUUAAAAUAUUAGCUUUCACGAGAAAACAAAACAAGCUCGGAACUAGUUUUGUAAUAUAAUUUACCUUUAUUUCAGUGUUUUUAAA